CAGAGCUGUGUGCUGGCUGGGGGAAACUGAUCGUGUGGCAGAGAUGUAGUGUAGCUCGCUGGGACUCCGUUGCCAGCCGUCUGUCACUUAUGCCGGGGAUCAUUUGUCUGACAUUACCUUGGAAUGAGAAAGACCAGAUUAUUGCACAGUUCACUUACACUGCAUGAAUGUGCCGCGUAAUGCGAAAGAGAAGAGCUGCCUUUGGGGGGAAAUAUUUAUGGUUCGGGACGGUUUUGUUGAAGUAGCUAGUUGCUAGCGCUGCUGGGCUAGCUGGGCUACUUGGACGCAUUUUUGCAAGGAUGCUACGGUGGAUUCGACAGCAGCUGGGCUUUGACCCCCCUCAUCAGAGUGAAACCAGGACAGUUUAUGUGGCAAACCGUUUCCCCCAGCAUGGCCACUACAUACCACAACGCUUUGCUGACAACAGAAUAAUUUCCUCCAAGUAUACAGUUUGGAAUUUUGUCCCAAAGAAUCUGUUUGAGCAGUUCAGAAGGAUAGCCAACUUCUACUUUCUCAUUAUCUUCCUUGUACAGUUAAUGAUAGACACCCCAACAUCCCCAGUCACCAGUGGUCUGCCUCUCUUCUUUGUGAUCACAGUAACUGCAAUAAAACAGGGCUACGAGGAUUGGCUGAGACACAAGGCGGACAACGAGGUGAAUGGGGCUCCAGUUUUUGUGGUUCGCAGUGGAAGUCUGGUCCAGACAAGAUCCAAAAACAUCAGGGUGGGGGACAUUGUUCGUGUGGCUAAAGAUGAGACCUUCCCAGUUGACCUGGUGUUGCUGUCGUCAGAUCGUGCAGAGGGCACCUGUCACAUAACCACAGCCAGCCUUGAUGGAGAGACCAACCUUAAGACUCACUACUCUGUGGCGGAGACCGCAGUGUGUCAGUCUGUGUCCCAACUGGAGGCUCUGCAUGCUGUGGUGGAGUGUCAACAGCCAGAAGCUGACCUGUACAGGUUUGUCGGUCGGAUUACAGUGACUCAGCAUGGAGAGGAGAUAGUCAGACCGUUGGGUCCAGAGAAUUUGCUACUGCGUGGAGCCAGGUUGAAAAAUACCAAAGAGAUUUAUGGUGUGGCGGUUUACACAGGGAUGGAGUCCAAGAUGGCCCUCAACUAUAAGUGCAAGUCCCAAAAGCGCUCUGCAGUAGAGAAGUCCAUGAAUACCUUUCUAAUCAUCUACCUGGGCAUCUUGCUGUUUGAGGCCAUCCUCAGCACCAUCCUGAAGUACGCCUGGCAGGCUGAGGACAAAUGGGGCGAGCCUUUCUACAACCAAAAGACAGAACAAGAGAGAAACAGCAGUCCGAUCUUGAAGUUCAUCUCAGACUUCUUGGCAUUUCUGGUCCUCUAUAACUUCAUCAUCCCCAUCUCGCUGUACGUUACUGUGGAGAUGCAGAAGUUCCUGGGGUCCUUUUUUAUAGGCUGGGAUUUGGACCUUUACCAUGAGGAGAGUGACCAGAAAGCUCAGGUCAACACUUCUGACCUCAAUGAGGAGCUGGGACAGGUGGAGUAUGUGUUUACAGAUAAGACGGGUACGCUAACAGAAAAUGAGAUGCACUUCCGUGAGUGCUCAAUUAAUGGAAUCAAGUACCGGGAAGUUAACGGCAAACUGGUACCAGAGGGAAUGACUGACGAUUCACCAGAUGGUUCUACGCCUCACCUGAUCGGUGAUGAAUUGUUAUUUCUCAAGGCAGUGUCAUUGUGUCACACGGUUCAAAUCAGCUACGACCAGCCAGACUGCCUGGGUGGGGGAGGAGACCCAUUCUCCCAGGCAAAUGGUUUCUCUUCCAAUCACAUGGAAUACUACGCCUCAUCACCGGAUGAGAAAUCUUUAGUAGAGGCAACAAAGAGGAUCGGAGUGGCCUUCAGUGGCACCAUUGGAGACACCAUGGAGAUCAAAAUAUUUGGAAAGUCAGAGAGAUAUAAACUGCUCCAUGUAUUAGAGUUUGAUGCUAACCGCAGGAGGAUGAGCGUCAUACUACAGACCCCCACAGGAGGCAAUGUGCUGUUCACCAAGGGCGCCGAGUCAGCCAUUUUACCUUUCGCUACCAGUGGUGAGAUAGAAAAGACAAGAUUGCACGUUGACGAGUUUGCCUUGAAAGGUUUGCGGACCUUGGUGGUAGCAUGUCGCCACUUCAGCCCAGAGGAGUACAUUGAUGUGGACAGGCGUCUGAACGCUGCGCGUACCGCGCUGCAGCAGAGGGAGGAGAGACUGCAGGAGGCCUUUAGCUACAUCGAGACAGACCUGCAGCUGCUGGGAGCAACGGGGGUUGAGGACAAACUCCAAGACAAAGUCCAGGAGACCAUUGAGGCUCUGCGGCUGGCAGGGAUCAAAGUAUGGGUGCUGACAGGGGACAAACAUGAGACGGCAGUCAGCGUCAGCCUGUCCUGUGGCCACUUCCACAGAACCAUGAACAUCCUGGAGCUUCUGCAACAGCGUUCUGAUAACGAGUGUGCUGAGCAGCUCCGCUUACUAGCCAGGAGGAUAAAGGAGGACCAUGUCAUACAGCACGGAUUAGUCGUGGAUGGGGCCAGUCUGUCUUUAGCAUUGAGGGAGCACGAGAAACUUUUUAUGGAAGUGUGUAAAAACUGUUCAGCUGUGCUGUGCUGCCGCAUGGCCCCGCUACAGAAAGCUAAGGUGGUUCGUCUUUUCAAAACAUCCCCAGAGAAACCCAUCACCCUAGCUAUUGGGGAUGGAGCCAAUGAUGUCAGCAUGAUACAGGAAGCUCACGUGGGCAUAGGUAUCAUGGGGAAGGAGGGUCGUCAGGCCGUGAGAAACAGUGACUAUGCAAUUGCCAGGUUUAAGUUCCUGGCUAAACUACUGCUGGUCCACGGUCACUUCUACUACAUUCGAAUAGCUACGCUUGUACAGUACUUUUUCUACAAGAAUGUGUGUUUUAUCACGCCCCAGUUUUUAUACCAGUUCUUCUGUCUGUUUUCACAACAAACUCUGUAUGACAGUGUUUAUCUGACACUGUACAACAUCUGCUUCACCUCGCUGCCCAUCCUGGUGUACAGUCUAUUUGAACAGCUGGUCCAUCCACACGUACUGCAGAAUAAACCUGGCCUGUACAGGGACAUCAGCAAGAACUCUCUGCUAUCUUUCCGGACGUUCCUGUACUGGACUCUUUUGGGCUUCUGUCACGCCUUUGUCUUCUUCUUUGGAUCCUACAUACUGAUGGGAGAAGACACCACACUUAUGGGCAAUGGACAGAUGUUUGGAAACUGGACAUUUGGAACGCUGGUCUUUACUGUCAUGGUCAUCACUGUCACAUUAAAGCUUGCUUUAGAGACUCAUUUCUGGACGUGGAUGAACCAUUUCGUGACGUGGGGUUCGAUUGCCUUCUACUUCAUCUUUUCUCUCUUCUAUGGAGGCAUUAUCUGGCCAUUCCUCCAUACCCAGGACAUGUACUUUGUAUUCGUGCAGCUGUUGUCCAGCGGUUCAGCCUGGUUUGCCAUCAUCAUCAUCAUCGUAACUUGCCUCUUUCCUGAUGUGGUGAAGAAGGUCUUCUACCGACAUCUGCAGCCCACCAGCACACAGAAGAGCCAGUCUCUAUCAACCCCCGAGGCGCAGGCCCUCAGCUGUGUGGAGUCCCUGUGCUGCUACCAACAUGGGCAGAGCGGCUGUUCCCGCCUGGCCUGCCUCCUGGAGCAAAUGACCGGGCAGUGCCAGGCCAGCACCAACAAUUGCCAAGCAUCCAGCCGCAGCAACAGAUCUUGGAGCGACACAGAGAACUUCUACUCCAACGAUCGCAGCAUCCUGACGCUGUCGCCCAUUGAGGCCAACAAUUGCUGACUUCCAGAGCCACUGACUGUAACACACAGAGCUGUGGGGUGGGGUGGGGGUGGGGGUGCUACUACUCUGCCAUGGGUCAUAAUCACACCCCCACCCCUCUGCCAUUUUAGAAACUGUCUUCAAUUUAAAGUCAGCGCCUUCUCAGCUGGAUGCAAAGGAGACACAGAUGGGAGCUGUCGCAUUAUGUGAAACCAAAGGACUCGACUCAGCAGCUGGCUGCUUUAUCCUUCACCAAUUUGUUUCCCCGAGUGAAUCGAUUCUUAGUAGAAGGGUUGAGAAGGACGUCAUAUGGGAGCUCUGACAUGGAAGGAAAUGAAAUAUGAAGUAUGGAGCAAGUCAGCAUGGCAUGAAGCGGACAUCUGUGGAGCUACUCCUGUAAAAAGACACUGGUGACAUCUGAGCAGCUAAAACAACAUCAGACUCCUGCUGCUUACAGGGAGUCUCUGAAAACACCAUACUUAAAUUCAGUAGCUUUUUAAAAGGUUAAUGAAGACAUGUCAGCCCCAGGUACAUGAACUCUCAUGCAGCUAUUAUCAUUUCAGUACAGUUUCCAAACUUCUAUUUUCUUGCAACUGACAUAAGAAUGACCUUGUACUGUAAGUCUAACAUAUUUGUAGACACAGAAUGGAGAUUCCUGACAAUCUGGACUAUUUGCUGCAGAAAAAUUGAUAAUUACAAGCAUGAGUCUUGCUCAAAGCAUUGCAGCCUGAGGACAGUAAUCGAAGGAGCUGGUUUGGACAUGCUGACUAACCUCAACACAGGACUGAUGUGGCUUGAAGACACCAGCUACCAGGAUCAUCCAUGUAGCACUAGGACAGAAGCUCCGCAAAGUCUGACUACAUUAAGGGUUAAUCUUAAGGUGUAGAUUUGGAGCGAAGGUCCAACAUCAUGUUGCUUCCAUAAACUGCUACAUAAACUUCCUCUUUGGCCGUGCUGCACCUUUCAUUCAGACGGAAAGGGAGAAGGCUAGACCACCCUGUAGCUUUCAGAACCUUGCUGAUUCUGUUACUGUCUACACUUGUUUCCUUUGGACCUACAGCACUCCCUUGAUAUUGUACACCCAGAUUCAUCUCUACUGUGGAACCAAAGACCAAAGGAGUCAGACGGGAAAAGAUAGUGUUUAUUUUUGUGCCUAAUUGUACAGAAGCUUAUAUUGUUAAGAAGACUAUUAUUAUUGUUUGUGCUGCUUUCUAGUCUGACUGUUCAGGCCUCUGUCCCCCCAGGUGCAUUGUUCUGAAGGAGGCCAGAUUGGGUCUGUGUAAAAAGCCAUACAUUUUAAAGAGGUUAUAUUAUUGAUAGAUUAUUGAAGAUACUGCAGAUAGAAGCUGUUUGAGCCUGUUUCCCUUGAAUGCCUUUUCUCUAUCAGCCUGGUUAGCAAAGACAUCUUAGCAUUGAAGACCAUAAUGCUCAGGAAAUAUUUUAAAGAAAGGUUUUUAUAACUGGAGGUAGAACCAUCCCUCUGUGUUGUCUAAAAAUAUUUCCUGAGUAUCGGAUCAGAUAAUGGUACCAUUUAUUUCAGUGAGACAAAAAAAAUGGCUUUAAUGGCGAGAUGCUAUUCCAAAUCACGGCUGACACACGUCGACCCAGACAGCAGAAUGUCUCGACCUUUAGAGAUGGAUAUAUCCAAUAAAUAUAAUUCAGCUUCAGUAGAGAUGAAAAGAAAAGCUUUGCACAUGUCACAUAUCGAAAUCACAUUUAGUUUAUUAUUUUUUUGUUUCAAAUCAUUGCUCGUCUCUCACCAUUCAAAUCAUCUGAAUCAUAUUUUUGCUGUUACGCUGUGAUGUGUGUUUCUAUCCACACAUUGAAGGGUGUGUGUGUGUGUGUUCUUGGAUGGCAGCAGUGUUGGUUGAAGUACAGUAUGUAGCCGAUUUGUAAGCUCUGUACUAUCUCCGUGGCCAUGCGCUGCCCGCAGUUCAAAGGUCAAAUGUUUCUCUUUGAUGCUCGGUUUGAUCUCUCAUCUUCUAAAAAACGUGAAAUGAAGAAAAGUUUGAACCUUAUAUUUUUUUUUAGCAAGAAUUCAGUUGACUCUAGAAGGUGACUUACAGCUGAGAGAAGUGUAAUGUAGAAAGACAACCGUUUUAAACUUGACAUCAACAACCACACAACAAUGACCAGUACAUGCCUCAGCUCACACAGGGAACACACAGAGUCAUAGGAUGUUUGUUACUGUUUAAAGACGUUAAGGUGAUUUUCAGCAGCUCAAAAUUGGUCAGUAAUGUUUUUUGGCAGUCAGUUGAUUGAAUAUUCUAUUUUCUGUAUGGUACACAUUGUUUAAUGCAUACCUGGGCCUGUUAUAACCUUUGUUCACGCAGGUGACAAUGAAAAUGUGUAUUUAUUAUUGCAGUACUUUUUUUCUGUUUGUGUUUAACUUUUCUUGCAUAUCAAUAUAAAUAUGUGUGUGUACAUGGCCUGAAUGCAGCAACUUCCCAAGAUGUUUUGCUUGGUCUUAGACCUGUAAUCAGGAGGCUGAACCUCCUUCGAAUCUCUUUUCUUUUUUUUGUCGACCGUAAAGGUGAUGUGCAGCUGGGAGCCGUCAGCUGCAAGCCUGAAUGUUAGUUUGUUACAGGACACGUGGAAACUUCCAGAUCACUCCAUCCAACAACCCAACUGUUGUUUUUAACCAUUUGAGCUCAUAUCUGCUAUUAAAAUGUCUACCUGCAUACA